AUGGGUUCUGAUUUGAAGCCCAUGCAGAUAUUUUCAUGGCCACAACCUCCAAUCACGGACAUGGCCACUCCUCCGGGAAUACCUUGCACAUACACAAGCUUUGGAAUAGAGUACAAUGUAACCGAUGGAUUGCCUGUUUCCACUGCAUUCGAGCGUUUGGAGUUUGACAUGAACAAGCUUAGGAUGUUGGUUGAUCUGUCGUUCUGCACAUUCAUUGAAUUGAUAGCAUGCCCUUUUAAUGCAGAUGGGCUUGUUGAGAGUAUCAAAUCGAUUCACAUCGAGAUUAACCAGAUGCUGAAUGGAUCGAAAAAAGCAGAAGCAAUUGAUGAGAUACAGAGGAUCCGGAAUCAGUACAUAAAGAACAGAAACAUGCUUGCUGAGGAUGUUAAGAGGCAGAUGGCCAACUUUGAGAUAUAA